AUGGGCAGCGGAAAAAACAAAAAGAAGGAACAAACCCCAUCAGUAGCUUCCAUGUUCCGCACGCCGGGAUCCAUGCAGAGCGACUCCCAGCACACGGAGGACGAGGACUCGGGUCCUGAGGAGGGUACACACACAUCGGAUCCCAUGGUCCCCCUCACCAUAGGCAUCCUGAGAGGAAUGUUAACCAAAGCCACGGCCGACAUAAAAUCCCAUGUGGCGUCUGAAAUCAAUAAACAGCUAGCAGUCCUCAAAGCGGACGUGACCGCACUAUCCACACGGACCGAUCAAACGGAAACUCUCAUAUCCACACUGACAGCAACCAUCACAGCUCACACCCAAGAAAUAGCCUACUUCUGCAGCUGGAUGACUGCACUAGAAGACAGCCUGGAGGAUCUCAAUAAUAGAUCCAGGAGGAACAAUAUCCAGAUUCGGGCCUACCCUACCCGAACAAUUGAUCCCCACUCUAAAAGCCAUCUUCAAAGUAGCAGUACCGGAACUCAUGGAAUGGGACUUAGAAAUGGACAGGGCGCACCAGGCCUUAAGACCUCCGACUCUCAACCUGUCCACCCCCAGGGAUGUUAUCACCUGGCUACAUUAUUUUCAGGCUAA